GAAAAGGCCGAUCGAAAUCCCGAUCGAGAAGACCGCGAUCGCAGCAGAAGAGAAGAGGAGGAGGAGAGCAGCCAUGGAUUUCUACAGCAUGCCCAGGCGACAGCUUCAAGCCCUCUGCAAGCAGAAUCGUAUCCCUGCCAACAUCACCAACGUCGCCAUGGCCGACGCCCUCCAAGCUCUCCAUGCCGAUGGAUUGUUGGAGAACGCCCAAGAAGUGCUUCAGGAUCUGACUCCCUUUGUCCCCUCUUCCCGCAAGGCCUCCUUGCGCCGCGAGGCGCCGGCGCCGGCGGUGAAUUUUGAAGCUUCAAUCGAGCCCAGGGAGCAGCCCGCGAGCCCCCUUCCUCGGGCACGCCGUGUGACUGUGAAUGCCUCCGAGAUCCGGCGAUUGGCUGUUGAAGGAGAAGAAAAUGGAAAGGAGGAGGUGGAGAAAGAAGCUGUAGGGGAGGCCACAUCGAUGACCGUCACUAAGUGCAGCUCCAUAAAGCCGCCUCCAAGGAGCACUAGAAGGGCGAGCAGGAAAAAUGACAUUGAAGCUCAGGAAGAAGAGCCCGUAGACGCAAUGAAAACUCCAGCACGCCUAACUGGUCGGAGGACAGCAGCCAAAACCCCAGUUGCGGUGGAGCAAGAGGCUGCAGAUACGGUUGUUUCGGCUAGAGUUACAACUCGUCGUAAUACGAGGCAGUCUACCAGGGCGACUAUCGAAGAUAGCACCACGUCCACCGUGAGGAGGAGCUCAAGGAUUAGAGCUAAGACGGACGAAUCUGCUUUCAAGAUGGGUUCUUCAUUCCAAGAAGUAGAACCGGAACAAGGCAUAGAGAUAAGCAAUGCUCUGGUAGAGAAAGACGAUAAUGGUGAUAAAGAUUGCGAUUUGGCGGUCGUUGAUUCUGAUGUUCCACAAAAUUCUCUUGAAGAAGCUGUAAUAGCUCCAGAAGCUAAAGAAUUUCCUACUAUAGCUGUGGUGCCAGAGGAAGAGCAACUGGACAAAGUGGAAGUCGACGAUCACUGUGAAAAAGGUUGCACUUUGGUGGUAGUUGGUGCCAAUAUUCAGAUGCAUGAUCUUGAAGAGGACAGAAUAACUCCAAAUGCCGAAGAGUUAGGUGUUGUCAAAGACGAACUGAUUGUUAUGCCUACAGAAGAAGCUCCAGAAGCUGAUGUGAAGGAGGUUUCUUUGCAACUCCAUUUGUUUCCGAAAAAUGAUGAAGACAAACCGAUGGACAUGAUUACAGAAAAAGACGAUUUAGUGGAAGAAAUAGCUCCAGCAGAUGAACAAUUUACUACUGUGAAGGAACCGAUGGAUAUGAUUACUGAAAAAGACGGUUUAGUGGAUGAAAUAGUUCCAGAAGAUGAAAUGGUUCAACAUCAUGAAGGUGGUGAUACCAAAGAUGACUCUGAUACAAAUGAAGAUGGAGGCAUCCAUGGCAAUCAACACCAAGUUGGGGAGGUGAUUCAAGAAAGUGAAGUACCUGAGACCAAAUGUGAUUUUGAAGGUUCACCUGUCCAAGGGCUCAUAACUUCUUUAGAGAACCUAGAGAUAACCAAGGAUCUUCACCUUGAAGAUCUUGCCCCUAAAGAUGAUGCAUCCGAACAUGCUGCAGAUGAACAUACCAAUGAGAUAGAUGAAAAUUUUCACCUUGAAGAUCUUUCCCCCGAAGAUGAUGAAACCAAACAUGAGAUUCCUGAUGCAACAGUAGAUUCCUUCAUCCAGAAUCAGGAUUCUGAUACUCCUGAUUGUGACAACGAGGUAGAGACAAUAGGCGAAGUCAUUGCUGUCACAAAAUGUCAACUUUCUGGCGCAGACAACGAGGAUGAUAAGCAAAAUGAAGAUUUUCACCUUGAAGAUCUUGCCCCCGAAGAUGAUGAAACCAAACAUGAGAUUCCUGGUGCGACAAUAGAUUCCUUCAUCAUACAGGCUUCUGAUAUUCCUGAGAAAGCUAAAGCAGGCGAAGUCAUUGCUGUCACAAAAUGCCAACUUUCUGUCUCUGACAAAGAAAAUGAUCAAUAUUCUGCCGAAUUGUCCACAGAUGUGGUGGUAAAUGAAGACAAGAAGAAGCAAAAUGUGCAGGGAAACUUGGAUUUAAUUAGCCUGAGAAAGCUGAAGAAGAUGUACAAGGAGAAGAUGAGCAGCAAUGUCGACAAGGUGGAAACAAAAAGGCAAGCUCUAAAUGAUGUCAAUCAGAACAUUGUCUCAUGAAAGAUGGGAAAAGGGACACACUGAAGAGACUAGCUCAAAUAAUACGAAGUUUUGUCUUGCCUUGUUAUUUUGCUAAGAAUGAUAACAGUAAAAGUUUGGUUAAAAAGGAAAGUGCUAAGGAAUGAAGCACCUGGCUUCCUCUAGUAAAAGUUUGGUCAACUUUCAUUUUUGCCUUUGUUGAUUCUCUUUUGGCAUAUGAAAAAAAAAUAUAUUUUUUACAUUUCUAAAGUUUAUUUC